AAAAAAAAAGUAUGGAUGUUUUGAAACAAAGACAGGAGCAAUUUUAUACUUUAUUGAAAGCUCACCUGGGAGUGGUUUUAACUCCUCCAGGGUUAAGAAAGAUUUUUUUUUUCCUCUCAAAACUAAAGGAGGAGCUAGGGUAAAAUUGAGUCUGAAACAGCAUCCUUGUCAGUUCUGUUCUGUCCUGGGAACCACACAAGGAAGAAAUACCUCUGUGGAAGAGAAGGAGGCUGCAGAUACAGAAGGCAAGGGACCAUCUAUGAUACAACCUGUUUGAAGUGGAAAAAUCCCAAACUCGCAAAGAGCAGCGCUCCUCCGACCCUUGCUUCCCCAGCAGUCACCCGGAUAUACCCCAAGGGCGCCGGCGAGCAUGAGCUACUACGGCGGCAGCUACCCCAUCGUGAGCGUGGACCCCAAGUGCCCGGGCUACGCCCCGGAGCGCCUUCUGGCCGAGAAGCGCAGGGCGAGGCGGCGCCUGCUGCACAAAGACGGCAGCUGCAACGUGUACUUCAAGCACAUUUUCGGGGAGUGGGGCAGCUACGUGGUGGACAUCUUCACCACCCUCGUGGACAUCAAGUGGCGCCACAUGUUCGUGAUCUUCUCACUGUCCUACGUCCUCUCCUGGCUGGCCUUCGGCUCGGUCUUCUGGCUCAUAGCCUUCCACCACGGCGACCUGCAGAACCAGGGCCCGGGCGCCACGCCUUGCGUGGACAACGUCCACUCCUUCACGGCGGCGUUCCUCUUCUCCCUGGAGACCCAGACCACCAUCGGCUACGGCUACCGCUGCGUCACCGAGGAGUGCCCCGUGGCCGUGCUCACCGUCAUCCUGCAGUCCAUCCUGAGCUGUGUCAUCAACACCUUCAUCAUCGGGGCGGCCCUGGCCAAGAUGGCCACGGCCAGGAAGAGGGCGCAGACCAUCCGGUUCAGCUACUUCGCACUGGUGGGCAUGAGGGACGGCAAGCUCUGCCUCAUGUGGCGCAUCGGGGACUUCCGCCCCAACCACGUGGUGGAGGGCACGGUCCGCGCGCAGCUGCUGCGCUACGCGGAGGACGGCGAGGGGCGCAUGACCAUGGCCUUCAAGGACCUGAGGCUGCUCAACGACCAGAUCAUCCUCGUCACCCCGGUGACCAUCGUGCAUGAGAUCGACCGCGACAGCCCCCUCUAUGCGCUCGACCGGAAGGCCGUGGCCAGGGAUAACUUUGAGAUCCUGGUGACGUUCAUCUACACCGGGGACUCCACCGGGACGUCCCACCAGUCCCGGAGCUCCUACGUGCCCCGGGAAAUCCUCUGGGGCCACAGGUUUCACGACGUCUUGGAAGUGAAGAGGAAGUACUACAAGGUGAACUGCCUGCAGUUCGAAGGCAGCGUGGAGGUCUACGCCCCCUUCUGCAGCGCCAAGCAGCUCGACUGGAAAGACCAGCAGCUCCACAGCGUGGAAAAGGCCCUGCCCGUGCCAGGGUCUGCCCCGCCCGACGCCAAGGUCAGAAGAAGGUCGUUCAGCGCGGUGGCCAUUGUCAGCAGCUCGGAAAACCCAGAGGAGACCACCCCCUCCGCCCCCGAGGAGUGUAAGGAAGCACCCUACCAGAAGGCCCUGCUGACUUUAAAUAGGAUUUCCGUAGAAUCCCAAAUGUAGUCCUGAAUCCUAACUGUGAGGGCUCCCUACCACGCAGUCAUUCUUACUCUCUAGCCAAUCACCAUAAGGCAACUGGUUAUAAACAGAGCUUUUGAAGAUUGUGACACCUGUCUUUGAUGGUGAUGAGAGAUAAAUAGAGCAGGUUAAAUAAAAAAAGAUAUCUCAACAUUGCAUUGUAUACAAUUGUUUAAUUUUUUUUUUUUUUUUUUGGCUAGCAACUGUUAUAUUAGGGAGGCUAUCAAGAAGCCUAAUUGAUUAAUUUAAAUUUCAUCUCUUUUAAUUAUUCCAUACACUUGUGUUAUCUGCUGGAAGUAUAAUAUUUCAGUAAUAAGGAACAAAGGAUACGAGGACAAAUAAUAAUAGACAGUAGAAAGGAAAAUAGCAUGAAUGAUAAAAUUUUAAACAUAUCCAAAUUGAUAGUGUAAUGAGCUACCUAUAAAAAUCUUAUGUCUUACAAUCA